AAAUCAUGUUCCUACUUACCAUUUCCUCAUUCUAAGAUUUCUAAGACCUCUCUCUCUCUCCUCCAAACCUUCCCUUUUCACCAAUGGCGUCUCUGUUCCAGGGCGUCAUUUUCUUCUUUGCCAUCUUCACCUUUGUUUCACUCGUUUCCGCCAUUGAACCAACCUUCUCCACCUUCACACUCUCACCAUCUCCGCCCUCACCUUCACCUUCAUCUACCACCACCACCACUCCUCCGCCUUCGUCCCUUCCGUUCUCCUCCUCCGAAGUUCUAAAUCAACCUCAGUUUCUCUCUCCUCUCUCCACCAUCACUAAAGUACUCGGUGAGCUCGGCUUCCAUGAGCUUGCCAUGGCGUCACACUCGCUCUCUCUCUCCUCCGCCUCGCACCUCCCGUGGUUCGGCCCUGUCACAAUCUUCGCACCGGUCGAUUCCUCAGUGCGAACAUGUCCUUCGUGUUCGCUCACUCUUCUCCUGCAGGAGCACACAGUUUCUGGCUUGUUCUCCAUCGACUAUCUCAGUCGCCUUAUCUUCGGCACGAAAAUCGAGACUGUGCUUCCCGGCCGCUGCCUCACCGUGACCUCAUCCGCCAACGCCUCCGCUAUCUUUAUCGGCGGUGCACAGAUAACCCAGCCAGAGCUCUUCGUCAGUGACCACGUCAUCAUCCACGGUCUUCAAGGCUUCAUCUCUCACGUCUCGCCGUAUUCCUGUUCCAUGGACAAGUUGACGUCACUCGCUCUGCCUCAUCCUAACCCUGCCGUCGCACUCAACCGCAUGAUGCUCGCCGAAGCGAUGAUCCGCCUCAGAGUGAGCGGUUACAGCGUCCUUGCGAUUGCGAUUCGUGUCAAGUACGCCGAACUGGUGACUCUUCACAACAUGACAAUCUUCGCUGUUGACGAUUCCUCCAUUUUCCACGGUGGUCAUGCCUACGUCCACAGCGUUCGGUUCCACAUUAUUCCUAACCGCAUGCUCAAGCUCGCCGACCUCGAGUCUCUCCCAGCGUCAACGGUCCUUCCGACGCUAGCACUCGGCGAAAAUCUCAUCAUCACCACUGCCGGAGGUGGCGGUGCGCUUUCUCCGAUGAGGAUUAACUAUGUCGAAAUCAAGUAUCCUAACCUCAUCUACAAUCAGAAGCUUGUUGUGCACGGACUCGCCUCGCCCUUCCCUCAUCUCCGUCAAUCAAUGAUGGCAGUUAAUACUGGACGGUCAGGAUUCUAUUCUAGCACCUCUGAUGAGGUUGGAUCUGAUGAGAGAGCCUCCAGCCCUGGUAAUGUGCGCCAAACUACUGAGCCUGCUGUGCCCUCCCCUGUGAUGAAAUCGAUGGUUGAGAUGAUAGAUGAUGUUCAUCAAGGUCUAUGAUCGAUCAUCAUUAUUUUGGUCAGCUUCUAAGUGUUCCACUUGAUUUAGUUAACAAAUGUCUCUGCAGCAGCAAGCAAUGUUAACAUCUUGCCAGGCAUGUAUUCUUGAAGGCCUUGGAACUUGCUUAACAUUAGCGUAUUGAAGAACUAUAACUGUUACUCCUAUUCUGUUUUCAUUCUGUUUCUUAAUCACAAGUCGUACAAAUUAUCUUCUCCUGUCUUUAUUCCUCUUGGUGACAAUUUCUUUCUUCAUUUUUAGGCUAUGGAAGAAAUCAUUCAUUAUUCGUUUUCAGUUUUAUCUGAGUAUUAUUUGGUGAUUUUACCAAAAAGCUCUGUAGUUUGGGUUCUGCUCUUUAUUUCCUGUUACGUAUUCUAGUAUCUAAAUUCUAUGAUCUUCGUCCAA